AUAAUACUUUCUAAUUUUCCAAAUAAUUAAUAAAUAACAAAAAGAAGGAAAAUUGCACCUAAAAGUCAACAAGCACCCAUGAUUUGUAGUUAGUUAUCUUCUCCCUUUGUUGGUCUCUUCUCUUCUUUUGCUAUUGAUCUUGCUUAGAGGAUUCUUGAAUUUCAAGGAAAAAAAAAAAAAACGAUGGGAAAGAACAGGAACAUAGCCAUAGCCCUGGAUUUUUCCAAAGGAAGCAAAUUAGCUCUCAAAUGGGCAAUUUCUAAUCUUAUAGACGAAGGUGACACUCUGUUUGUCAUCCAUGUCAAGCCUUCUCAAGGAGAUGAGUCUCGCAACCUUCUCUGGUAUAAUUCUGGUGCACCUCUGAUUCCAUUGGAGGAGUUUAGAGAUGAACAAGUGGCACAAAAGUAUGAGAUCAAUCUUGAUCCUGAGGUUUUGGAUCUACUAGAUACAGCCUCCAGGCAGAAACAGGUGAUUGUAUUGGCAAAAUUAUAUUGGGGAGAUGCAAGAGACAGAUUAUGUCAGGCAGUUGAUGAUCUGAAGCUUGAUUGUCUUGUUAUGGGUAGCAGAGGCCUCGGUACUAUACAAAG